AACUUUUGUCGGCCGGAACCGGUGUACGCCGCUCAGUGUUGUCGACCGGCGUCAAGGCGACGAGGGUGCUGUUCUCUUCCUCCGGCUGCGGUUGCCUUGGAGUUCAGUCCAGCCGGUUUGGUUGAGAAGCACAGUCGCCCGGACUGUGUCUAUGGUCGCUCCGCGGGCCGCUUCGCCGGCUGGUGCUUUCGUAUCAGGGCAAGCAGUAUUCCAUGGCUGGGAACUUCUGGCAGAGCUCCCACUAUUUGCAGUGGAUUUUGGAUAAACAAGAUCUGUUGAAAGAGCGCCAGAAGGAUCUAAAGUUUCUCUCAGAAGAGGAGUAUUGGAAAUUACAAAUAUUUUUUACAAAUGUUAUUCAAGCAUUAGGUGAACAUCUUAAAUUAAGACAACAAGUUAUUGCUACUGCUACAGUCUAUUUCAAGAGAUUCUAUGCUAGGUAUUCUCUGAAAAGUAUAGAUCCUGUAUUAAUGGCUCCUACAUGUGUGUUUCUGGCAUCCAAAGUAGAGGAAUUUGGUGUCGUCUCAAAUACAAGAUUGAUUGCUGCUACUACUUCUGUAUUAAAAACUAGAUUUUCAUAUGCCUUUCCAAAGGAGUUUCCUUACAGGAUGAAUCAUAUACUAGAAUGUGAAUUUUACCUCUUAGAAUUAAUGGACUGUUGCUUGAUAGUGUAUCAUCCUUAUAGACCUUUGCUCCAGUAUGUGCAGGACAUGGGCCAAGAAGACGUGUUGCUUCCCCUUGCAUGGAGGAUAGUGAAUGAUACCUACAGGACGGAUCUUUGUCUGCUGUAUCCUCCUUUCAUGAUAGCUUUAGCUUGCCUACAUGUAGCCUGUGUUGUACAACAGAAAGAUGCUAGACAAUGGUUUGCAGAACUUUCCGUGGAUAUGGAGAAGAUUUUGGAAAUAAUCAGGGUUAUUUUAAAACUUUAUGAGCAGUGGAAGAAUUUUGAUGAGAGAAAAGAGAUGGCAACUAUUCUUAGUAAGAUGCCGAAACCGAAACCACCUCCUAACAGAAGCUCCCUGAGUGAUUCUCCACUAAUGGCAGGGCCUGAAGCUGCGAGAUGAUGAUGGACAAGAUAAGGCAAUCUCCUAUUGUCACAGUUACUGUGAAGGAGAGCAGGGUCCAAAUGGAAGUCAGAACUCUAGCUACAGCCAAUCUUAGAGCACCCUGAAGAAUCCCGUAGUGGACCACUUGGAAGUAAAGCAUUGGACAGUUUGAGUAAUGUCUUCAUGGUAAAGCAGAUGCAAACGGAUAGCUUGUUUCUGUCAAGCAUAUUGGGAAUUGACUUAAUUUUCACAAAAUAAGGUUUUUUCCUAACUUGAUUCUAGUGUGUAAUUUAUUAAAUCUUAAUUACAAAAUUUAGUGAAGCUCUAAAGGAACCUAUAGCCAUACACAGACAUUUCAGGGUUAACUUCUCUCUUACAUACACAUAUGUAUAUAAACACAUACUAAUACUGGUUUAUUAGGUAAUUGGGAUUUUUUUUUAUUAAUAAUAGCUUUUUUUUUAAUUAAGUCAGGAAACAUAAAAUGUCAUUUGUUCACAUUUUUCUUUGGGCAUUGACGGACCAAAAAGGACAUAAGUCAAUAAAACGCCCCCCAACCCAGGUAAAUUUUAAAACUGGAUUAAAGAAAUUAAAUCUUAGAAAAUCUGAGAAAGAGGGCUAGAGAGAUGGCUCAGAAGUUAAGAGCACUGACUGUUCUUCCAGAGGUCCUAAGUUCAGUUCCCAGCAACCACAUGGUGGCUCACAACUAUCUGUAAUGAGAUCUGAUGCCCUCUUCUGCUGUGUCUGAAGACAGCAAACUGUGUACUCAGAUAAAUAAAAUAAAUCUUUAAAAGAAAAAGAAAAUCUGAGGUUUUAGAAAUGAUAAUUACAAUUUGAGGAAGAUUAAUUGAGAACUUACUGAUUUUAAAAUAUAUUGUAUUCAAUACAUUUUGUUUCAUCACAGAAGAUACUGGCCCAGCCUAUCAACCUAUCAAAGAAGUGAUAUAUAUAUAUAUUUUUUGAAGGUUGUAUUGACUUACUAGCUGUUUUGAAAAGCUGAGAAACCUGGAAGAAAAGGUUAUUUGCAACUAAUUUAUAGUUAAUAAACAUUUUAAGAGCUUGAUUAAACGCUUAAGUUAAAAUUUGGUGAAAUUUUAAUGUUUAAUCUGUCCUGAAAAUUUUUUAUAAGACAUAUACACCCAGUUUAAUUUUGUGUCUUAGUGUGAGCUAACAUAUAUACAUCAGGUAUUCUGAAUCAGGAAGGAACCUAGUCAGGUUUUAGACCAGUGAGAUUCUUAAUUCUCAUGGAUGUAGACUUCAGAAUAAAUGUUACAUUUGUGGGACUUCAUAAAUUAACUCAUUUUCUUCAGACUGAAAGGAAGAAGAAUAAAUAAAAUUUGAAGUAAUGAGAUAUUAUUGUGCAGUUUUGCACUUUUUAAAAAAUAAAUCAUGGGAAAAAUUACUAAGUUGACUUCCUGGUUAAAACUGGAAGAAUAAAAGUUAAGUUUUUCAGCUAUAUUCACAAAUGUCUUGAAUUCCUGUUGCUAAGUUUGACUUAGGUUUUCUGAGAAUCUUUGUGUGUUAAAUUCCAACCCUAAACUUUGUAAAGGGGUGAUUUUUGUAUAGUUUAUGAAUAGAUUGUAAGGAAAGUUCUGCUUCCUAAUUGAGAAUAUCAGAUGCAGAUGUACUGGAAAGGAGUCUUUACGUUGGUACAGAUACGGGUUCUCCUAAGGUUGUAUAACAAGAAACAAACAAACCAACAAACAGGCUCUCCCCAGGCCUGAAGGGGUUAAUCCAAGUUUAGGUUGGAUGCUUGGUGAUUGCUUAUCACAGCCAUUAACUAUAGCUUUAUCUUAAAGCUUUUUUUUUCUUCAGAUUUAUCUUUGUGCUUCAUCAUUUUCUUUACAAAUACUGUUGGGGAAAAUUAAGAUUUGCAAGAGCAGACAAAGCAGUGAAAUAAGCCUCCGUGUGUGUGUGUGUGUGUGUGUGUGAUCCAGCCUGAGCUGUUACUGACUCAGAGCCGGGUUUACCUUGUUUAAACCUCCACACCAGACUCCAGUUCAUAGAUUAUUUUGAAGAAAUUUCUAGAUAUAUUAUUUUAUCCAUAAAUAUUUCAUACUAUUGAUAGGUAACAUAAUUAUUUAAUAUUUUAAAAUUCUUAGUUCCCUGAAUGUUGCAGAGUAUUCUUUGUAUUCAUUUAUAAAUCCUUUUAGUUUUAGAUUCAUGGAUUCUUCCUCCAUGCUAUAACAAACAUUCCCUGUUCUCAUUUGUUCAUGUAGUAAGUUUCCCAUAGCCUGAGUUUUACUGUGAGCAUCUUUAGCAUGCCAUUUAGUGAGGGUUUUUUGCUCUUUUGUAUUUCUGUAAAUUAAUAAUUGAAUAUGAAGGCUCAUCACAUUGAGAUUCUUUUUGUUUUGGCUAGAAUCCUGUAGGGUGGCCGUCUCUUGCAUUAAUAAACACAUAGUGUUGCUGUAUUGUCCUCACUUAUGACAAGUACUGUUUCAGCAUCAGUAGUUAGUCUUAGGCACUGUCCAGUCUCAUAGCCACCAGCCACUUAGGGCUGAGCAGUUACUAUGUGGCUUGUCUGAAUGCAAAUAUGCUGUAAAUGUACAAAUAUGUUGGAUUUCAGGUACUUAUUAAUACAAAACAAUGUUAAAAACCUCAAUUUGUUUAUAACCAACCCUUAUGUGUUUUAAACGAUAUUUUGGAUACAUAGAAUUAAAUAAAACAUUAUUAAAAUUUU